GCCUGCGCGACACGAAACAGCCGCCGCGAGAUAGUUCAUAAUCGCCCGUGGUUCGCGACGGAUCGAUCGAGGGAUCGCGCGCGCGAGUGUGAAAACUCCGCGCGAAACCUCCUUGCUCUCACAAUUCUCAUUUUCGCGUGCAAAAAAAGAGGAUAAGGAGAAAAAGAAAGAGCAAGAGAGAUAGAGAAAGAAACAGAGAAAUCGCGGAGAGGAAGAUCACUGUUUCCGCUCUCCUUCCUUCUGUUCCCCGGGAAGACGAGAGAACGUCGGCGAGACAACGGCGGCCGAUUCGUCGUGAAAUCACUCGAGGAACAUGAUCCGCGUGGACGAGUCAGAUCCAGUAGGAGAGAUCGAGCCCAGCUUCCCCUAUAGAGAUGUAACGAUACGCCGAGGUGUCGAGUUCAAGGACGAUUAUGACAUCCAGUCGGAGCUCGGACGGGGAAAAUUUGGAAUUGUUUACCGAUGCAAGGAGAGAACGAGCGGUUUGAUGCUCGCCGCGAAAGUGGUGAACGUCAUGAAGAAAGAGGACAGACGCGCCGUGCAGAGAGAAGUGGACAUCAUGCGACGUUUACAGCAUCCACGGUUGAUUCAGCUGUACGACGCCAUUGACGCGGGGAAACAGAUAUAUGUCGUUCUAGAAUUGAUCGACGGCGGCGAGCUCUUUGAGAGAGUGAUAGACGACGAUUUUGUACUGACGGAACGCAGCUGCGCCGUCUUUAUGCGGCAGAUAUGCGAGGGAAUAGAAUUCAUGCAUAGUCAAAAGAUCUUGCAUCUCGAUCUAAAACCAGAGAACAUCUUGUGCCUGACGAAGGAAGGUAAUAGAGUCAAAAUCAUCGAUUUCGGUCUAGCGAGAGAAUAUGAUCCGAGUAAGAAACUGCAAGUGUUGUUCGGAACACCUGAGUUUGUUGCCCCGGAAGUCGUAAACUUCGAUCAAAUUGGAUUCGGCACUGACAUAUGGAGCAUAGGUGUUAUUUGUUACGUAUUAUUGUCCGGUUUAUCACCGUUCAUGGGCGAUACGGACAUAGAGACAAUGGCGAAUGUCACUAUUGCAAAAUACGACUUUGAUCACGAGGCGUUCGCCGAGAUCUCGGAAGACGCGAAAGAUUUCAUAAGAUGCCUUCUGGUGAAAGACAGAGAAAAGCGAAUGACGGCGGCGCAGUGCCGGGAGCACCGCUGGCUGGCGCGAAAAACGAGCAGGCCCAAGAGCGAGAAGGAGAUCGCGGGAUUGGCGGCGGCCAAACGGAUGGCCUUCAUCGAGAACCGUCCCGUGCCCGUCGGUGUCGUCGACGAUAACGGCAGAGAGGAGCUGGACGUCACCAAGGACAAUCUCAGACUGUUCGUCGAGCGUUGGCGGGAGCAUCCGGACAGCCCGUACACGAUCGUCGACUCGUAUCACUCGUUGCCGAGGAAUCCGCUUCGCCAUCGCGACGAAUCCGUGUCCCUGCGGGGUCACAGCCCCUCUCCCUGCGACAGCCUUCGCAGCAGCAGCACGCAGUCGGAGAUGGUGACGACGGACCCGACCGCGAGAGACAAUUCCAGCCACCUGUUGUCCGUGCCGAGUCUCAGCUUGUCCUUGGAGAGGAGAGCUUCCGAAGGUACGGCCGCGCGAAACCGUCGUGAUCCCGCCAGCCAGAUCGCUCUGGCCGAGGAGAUCAUCAAGCUGUCCGAGCACCUGCGCUCGAUCGCCAUGGGAUCUGCGCGGAUGAACGAGGGAAAUAACGGGGCCACGACGGAAGCUGCGCCGCGAUCCAUCCAGAGACCCGGCGACGUUGGGAACAAUCGCGAUAUCUAUAACUCGAAGAGCAACGUUAAAGUGACCGCGACGUCUCACGUCGACAGUGAGACCAACGAGAUCACGGAGAAACUGUCCAAUAUUACUCGACAACGAAAGCUCAACGGGACGACCUUCCACAGUAGCCGUAAUUUCGACAGAUACAAUCUCGAUACGAAUUUCGGUAACGUGUUUGUGGCCCUGAGGAGAACGAGCAUCGGCGACAGCGAGACGUCCGACAGACGGAGGGAUUCUCGAAAGUAUUCCCACGAGCGAACGGCGAUCGAGGAGAGGUUCAGCGGGGAGAGGAUCGGCAAGAGGUUCUCCGCCGGCGCGGAGGAUAUGGACUUGACACCCCCGUGGCGGCGGUCGCGAGUGAAACGAUCCUUCGGCGAGACCAGUAGGGACGUUCCGCGGAUAUCGAAUUUGCGGGAUCUGCACAAAAAUCUGAAUCUGGACGAGCCGGGCAGCGCCAAGGACCUGCUGUUGCACUUGCUAGGCGAAUGGGAUGAGGUCACCACGACCGGCGGUGUUGGCGCCGGCAGGAAGUCCGUGAGCCUGGAUUGGUGCGCGGCCGACACGAUCGCCAGGAAGACGAUGAACUCGUUGGCGGAGUACUUCCAGUCAAAGCAAAAGGAAACAAAAUCUUCCAACGUCGCGUCAUCCACGUCGCCGUCGAUAUAUCGUUGAACGAUACGUCCGUCUCGCGCUCGCUGGCACUUGCGAAUUUCGUGGAUCGGUCGCAGACGGAUCAGGAAAAUGCGCUGACAUUAACAAUCUCUCUUUGUUUCUUUCCGAUCAUGAACUUCAUUUCGGAACAGUUAGGCGCUCAAGAUAAAAUACACGUCAAACGCCUGGGGCAAUAAUAUAUUUGGUAGAUGAAUUAUAAAGAUUAAUCUAUGAAAAUGCGAACCUUCGAUUUUUAAAGUUGGAAAUUGAUUUUAUAAUCAUUCAACCUCUUCCAGUUUAAUUAAUUUAUUCCUUAAAGUCUUGGAAGAGCGCUGUUACAAAUGACAAACAAGUAUAUUUCUUAUUUCUUAUUUAAAUAACUAUAAAUAAAUUUUUAAGUAAAUUUUUAAGAAGAG